CAACGCCACCAUGGGUUUAUUUCGGAACAUGUUCUUUAUUUUUGGCUUGGUCGAUUUAUUUGUUAUAGGGACUGCUGUAGAGCCUCAUUCCACUAUCAAGGGCAACGUGGAAUCUCUGCUUGAGUUGACCCCAUGGACUUGGAAACACCUGAACACGUCCCUCAAAGUGGAUUCCCCCGUCACUGUGGAUGUAUCCCUCACCUCUCACUAUAGACUGACCGGGAAACACCUCAACAAGUUACUCAGACUACAAAAACAAUGGGACUGUGCAUCCAUUCUCAAAACAAUACCCAAUACAAGAAGAAGAGACGGUGUGUACACGAUAUACCCGGAUAUGAAGACCAAGAAGUUGGUGUACUGUGACAUGACCACGGACGGCGGGGGGUGGACCGUAAUUCAAAGACGAAUGGAUGGUUCUGAAGAUUUUUAUCGGUCUUGGCAGACCUACAAAGCCGGAUUUGGAAAACCACAAGGAGAAUAUUGGCUAGGAAAUGAAGAUAUUCACUUGCUCACAACAAGAACUAGCCAAGAGUUACGUGUGGACUUAAAAAAGUUUUCAGGUGAGAAGGCCUACGCCAAGUAUUCCACAUUUACCGUUGGAAGUGAGUCUCAGAAAUACAUGUUAGCCGUCGGAGGAUACAGCGGAACGGCGGCAAUCAGAAAUGCUUUAUCCAUUGAAAGUAACAACGCCAUCAUGGUUUCAUUUCGGAACAUGUUCUUUACUUUUGGCUUGGUUGAUUAUUUUGUUAUAGGGAUUGCUGUUGAGCCUCAUUCCAAAAUCAAGGGCAACGUGGAAUCUCUGCUCGAGUUGACCGCAUGGACCUGGAAACACAUGAAUACGUCCCUCAAAGUGGAUUCCCCCGUCACUGUGGAUGUGUCCCAAACCUCUCACUACAGACUGACCGGAAAACACCUCAACAAGACACUCAGACUAAAAAAGCAAAAAGAUUGUGCUUCCAUUCUCAAAACAAUACCUAACACUAAAGGAAGAGACGGUGUGUACACGAUAUACCCGGAAAUGAAGACCAAGAAGUUGGUGUACUGUGACAUGACCACGGACGGCGGAGGGUGGAACGUGACUACAAACCGCAAUCCGCAAUUAUACCAUGAUGAUUCCAUGAUAACUGUUUUUGUCACCCUUGGACAUUGUUAUGCAGGUCAACGAUGUGGCCAAUUGAACUCUUGUAUAUUUUUAGGAAAUGAAGAUAUUCACUUGCUCACAACAAGAACUAGCCAAGAGUCACGUGUAAACUUACAAAAGUUUUCAGGUGAAAAGGCAUACGCCAAGUAUUCCACGUUUACCGUUUUGAGUGAGUCUCAGAAAUACAAGUUAACCGUCGGGGGAUACAGUGGAACGGCGGGGGACAGUCUUGCAUAUCAGAACGGGAUGAAGUUUUCUGCCAAAGACCAAGACAAUGACGUAUGGGGUAAACAUUGUAGCAUGGAACAUCAAGGAGGAUGGUGGUUCAAAAAUUGCGAACGUGCAUGUCUAAACGGACCUUAUCUAAAAUCGGCUAAAAUCACUUGGAUAAGUAUCAAUUGGUGUGCAUUCGGGAAUGAAAACCGUGCUUUAAAGAAAGCAUCGAUGAUGAUCAGAUCCAAGAAUUGACUUUGUUGUGAAAGU